GUCGGUUCGUCCCACAAAUCCUGCUAUUUACUUAUCUCGCUCUCAAUCUCUUCGUUUACUUCUCUUUCAUUCUUCACAUUCUGUUUCUUUCUUUCAUCUUUCUUCUUCUUCCCCAAGAGGCGAGUGAUGAGGACGCUCUGCCCCAACCUCGACCGGGAAGACGCGCUGGAGACGGUGCUGGAAGUCCCCAUACCGGAGGAGAUGUUCCCCUGUCACAAGACCACCGCCAACAAGCCCUGGCAGACCAUGAAGUCCUGGAUGAUGAAACCCCACUCCGACAAGUCCACUCCCUCCUCCGUCUUCGGCGGCCGGAGCGCUGAGAUUCAGCUCUUACUCAGCGUCGCCGGAGCUCCGCUCGUCCCCGCUCCCAUUCCCUCAAACCAUUCUUGCGCCAACAAAAUCAACGAUCAUCCCAUUGAGUCUUCAAUGGCGAAGUACAUAAUAAAGCAAUACAUAGCAGCAGCGGGAGGGGAAAGCGCCAUGAAUUCCGUUGAGAGUAUGUACGCAAUGGGGAAGGUGAAGAUGGCGGCGUCGGAGUUUACUUCCGGCGGCGUCGGCGGCGGAGAGGGAUUGCAGGGAGAAGGGAAGGCGGUGAUGAUGAAGAUGAAGAGCAUGAAAAGCGGGGGAGGAGAAGUGGGUGGUUUUGUUUUGUGGCAGAGGAGGCCUGGGCUAUGGAGCUUGGAGCUGGUGGUUUCCGGCUGUAAGAUCAGCGCCGGCUGCGACGGGAAGCUGGCUUGGCGGCAAACGCCAUGGCAGAACUCUCACGCCUCUCGAGGUCCCCCUAGGCCCCUUCGCCGUUCCUUACAGGGUCUUGACCCAAGGUCAACUGCAAAUCUGUUCUCAAAUGCCAUCUGCACGGGGGAGAAACCCGUCAACGGAGAAGACUGCUUCGUCUUAAAGCUAGAAGCAGAGGCGAAAAGCUUGAAAGCACGAAGCAGCGGCAAUGUAGAGAUAAUAAAGCACACAAUGUGGGGGUACUUCAGCCAAAGAACAGGCCUCCUUGUCCAACUAGAAGACUCUCACCUUCUCAAGAUCAAAUCCCCCAACAACGAUAAUGUCUACUGGGAGACGAACAUGGAGUCAUUGAUCCAAGACUACCGCCCGGUUAACGGAGUCAACAUCGCCCACGCUGGCAGAACGUCCGUGUCUCUUUUCAGGUUCGGGGAAAACGAGGAAGAGAAUACGCGAACCAGAAUGGAAGAGCUUUGGAACAUCGAAGAAGUUGACUUUAACAUCAAGGGGCUUUCCUUGGAUUGCUUCUUGCCGCCUAGUGACUUGAUGAAGGAAGACGAUCAUCUCGAAGAUCAUUCCUUAAAGAAAGAAGUCGGGAAUUGGAUCGGGAUGAAACUUCGGUCGAAUACUAAUGGCAGUAAUAAAGUAAGCUCCGGGAAAGGAGUGAAGAUCGCCGCCAUUGAUGAAUACUACGUGGAAAAGAAUGGAGAUUAUGAACAGCAAUACAGCUAAGCUAGUAGUGAAAUCAUGCAUAACAAAUGCAAUUCAAGCUUUUUAUGUGAAGUUGAAUUCUUGAUAGAUGCUUUGGUCAUUUUUGUAUAUAUAGACCAUAUAUAGAGGCAUGUCAUGAAAUAUAUAUAUAAAUAUAUAUCAUAGGCGAGUUAUAUUAGCUGUGUAACUGGGAUGGUGCUUAACCAUCACAAAGGUUUUUACUUUGCUUUCUGCACAUCAAUUGUUAGUACUUUUUAGAGAUGCAAUUUAUGAUUGAUUAAUUAAGUUUUUUGUUUCGAUUCACCG